CAGUCCACCUUCAUAUGUAGCAUAAUGUCACUCAAACCUUUUCCAAUGCUGGAUUCAUCCAAAAAAGUUGACCCCUUUGGUCCUGCUGCUGAAGAAAAAUCAACAAACAUCCUGAAGAAGUGCACUAGUAUGGACUCUGCAAAAAGUCUUUUGAUAGCAGGAGACUCUGCCAAGAGACUUCCAUUGCCAAGUGCUUCUCCAUGUAGCACAUUUGAUGCCAUUGGUUCUGGUAAAAGGUCACCCCAUGUUGCUGUGAAGCGAGGGGCACUCUUUGGUGGUCUGCCAUCAAGAACUGUAGGCAGGGGCUUUAGUAGCCAGAAUAACAGGAGUGAAUCUUUGCCCACCACAUCUACUUCAGCUGAAGAUAAGCUUGCUUUGGACCAAGCAAAAGGAAAGUUGGAAGUGCACAGAGCCACUGCUGGUGCUUCAGAUGAAAUGAAUGGCUUUGAUCCUCUUGCUGAUGUCCAAGGCCCUAGCCUUGAAAUGGUGGAGGCUGUGCACAAUGUGGAUGAGUCACCUUAUGCUAACAUGUCUCAGUCGUCUAACUUAGCAAGAAUGAAGCUUUCAGACAAGAAAGCUACAGGACUGUAUGUACGAAAUGUUCCUCUAGACAUGAAGCAAGAAAGCUUGACCAACAUCUUUCGUCAGCAUGGCAUGGUUCUCAGUGUCUUCAUCAAAAAUAAUGCGAGCACAAACCAUCCAACCACCUAUGCUAUUGUUAAAGUCCCAUCAAUGAAGGAAGCAAUGACCAUGUUGCAGAAACUGAAUGGAACGCCUCCAUUUAAAUUCAAAGUAGAGCUGGCACUUACUGAGGAGGAAAAAAACUCCAGAAAAAUGACGCAGUACUCGCUUAUGACUGCUAACACACAGGUUGCAGCUGAAGUGACUGCCAGAGAUGCAUGCAGGCAGGAGUACCUGAAAACCAUCCCCAAGCCUGAACCGAGUAUCACUCCUGCUGGCGGUGUGGGCAGAGGCAAGAAACUUGCAGAAGUCGUGUCAGGAGGGUCUGUGAAGCCGCUUAAUAGUGUGAGCAAUCGCCAAGACGUAUCAGAAGCCUCGAUGUGCCUAGAAACCCCCAGCUCUCAGAACUUCACUGAUAUUGAAGCGUCAGAAGCAAACGCUCAAAGAGAAAUUUGUGUAGACGAAGAUGAUGCUUCAAAAACCGAUACCGUGUCUCCUGAAAAAACGUCAAAGCAAGAACAUCGAACAGCCACGCAAGCAGCUGCCUCAAUGCCACCUUCUCCUGUGGAUGCUGAUGACAGUUUAAUCUGUCGAGGUCGGGCCAGUCUGUCGGUCAUCGCCGGAGCCGGGCUAUCCGUGGAGAGGAGUGGCAAACACGCCACUAAAACUUGCUCGACUCCAGAUGAGUCGUACCAUGGAUCUCGCGGCCACACUCCAUGGCGGCGCAGAACUAGGAUUUCACCUUCUAAUCACUGCAUCAGGUGUGGAAGUUCAGCUACAAUGCGCUGCUCUAUUUGCAAAGGCAGCUACUGCUCGACGAGUUGCCAAGCUCAGGACUGGCGCCUCCACAUGCGAGAAUGCAUUCCACCUCCACCUUUGGAGUGCAUCGAAGAUGACGAUAGUGUUUUGAAUCUUGGCUGCUAUUCGCCUCAAGUGUACGGUUACUCAGGCCUCUACCAAUCACCUUCGCCACAGCUGGUAGCAUACGCCAUGCAAGGGAAUACAGUCAACCUUCGACCUCAGCUUAAGGAGUCGUCACUCAACAGCCUCCAAGAAGUGGAGCACACCAACGCUGUGAAAUCAUCUCCCUCUAAGGACGUCCAAGCGCAUGUUAAUCGCGAUGUCACCAUUGAUCUACCCUUACCCACUUCCAACGCAGAAAAAGAACUUGCUGUACGCACUGAAGGUAUCCAGAAGGCUAAGUUGUCUGGAAUUAAGCAAGCUGCUGAAGCGCAUGCGACAAAAACUGAUGCGUUCAGAGCUGGAGUCGAUAAAUUUUCUCUAAAAAACGUUCUCAAGCCAGCGGAUCAGAAUCGUAAUACCUCAACUCAGGCUAUGAAAAUUAGUCCUCACGAUCCGCAAUCAAGCUUGACCACAGUAGGAAGCCUAUCAGCAGCUUCUGUUGAUGACCUGCCAUCAAAGUGCGUCGGCAAUGAUCUUAAUGAGGUAACGGGACUGUCCAUCCUGCAAGAAGAAACAGAAGAGGAAAAAAUAAGUGUAGACGAACUUGACGAGCAAAGUGUGGAAGUCAAUGACGAAGAGAUGGCCUCUGAAAUUGACAAGAUUGCCGAAUAUCCGGGCUCCGUUCUCGAUUCUCUUGUCGUUGACCAGGUGUACACUGGCAUGGUCACCUUUUUGAAAGAUGACGUUUUCUCGUUGAUGAUGCUGGAUGACAAUGAAGAAACUUUCCACAAGUUUUCCACGAUGCUUAACUCGCUCCCCUCUCAAACCGGAUUUUUACCGGAAUUUGGUCGGUUGGUGGCUUCUAAAACCUCGUGUGAAGAUGCUUGGUGUCGCUCUUUCAUCUGCAGCGUUGAUGCAUCUCAAAAGUGCUACAAAGUUUGUCAUGUUGACUUCGGAUAUCUUGACGUGGUUAGAACAGUAAAGCCGAUCCCAGUUGCAGAUUUCGUCACUAUGCCGGCAACUGGAAUCCUUGGCAAAAUGGAUCAACAUGACCAUGCUACUCGCGUUUCUGUUGGAGAUUUGAUUCAGUUUGUGGUGAUUUCCAAGGCCGAAGAAAGCACCACUGUUAAAAUUUUAGACAAGGACGGUAAAUUGGCUUACCAUUGCCAGUUUUUUUCUUGGUGGCACGUUAUCAAUUUGCUGGAACUAGAAGAAUCGGGUUCCACACGCGCACCAGAUGAUCUCGACGCUAAUGCGACUGUGCUUCCUGUUAAUCAGGCUUCGUCUGCUACAUCUGAAGGAGCUGACCAAGAAGUUGCUAGGGUCACUUCUCACUCAAAUGCCAACAUUUCACAGAAUCUUUCUCCCUCUACCUCCUCUCUCGAUUCUUCCAAGACAACCAAUUUCACUCUAUCGGAUCUUCGAUGCCUGUCGUUGGACAUCGGAACUGAAUACACUGUAUUACCGGUGUGGUGUGAAGAACAUUUUCUGUUCGUUCAACUCGUGGCUGAAGAAUUACUCUCAUUAUUUGGGAAUCUAAUGGACUGGAUGAAUGGAGAAUGUGAAUUGGUUAGUGCGCCAGAAAAGGUGCGUGCAGGAGAACUGCUCUGCGCGUACGUUCCUGACGACAAGAUGUGGUAUCGUGCUCUUGUUCUCGAGGCCAAUUUGCCUGCCUCGAGUGUGGUGAGUGUGUAUUUGGUAGACUUCGGCAGCUGCUCUGAUGUGGAUGUAUCUUGCCUUCGACCUUCCACUCGACGAAUUUUGGACCUACCAAUAAUGUGCAUCAAAGUGGCUCUUUGUCAUGAAAAUGCGGUUGCGUCGAACCAGCCCGAGCGAGCUUUGGAUGUUCGCUUGCAUGUCUCGGACAUUUUUAAGAACUUGGUGGAGUCCGCAGUGAAGCUGCGAAUGGUUAUUUUAGAGACAAAGGCUGGAAACUCGGGACAUGCUGGACCUGCAGCGCGCUUCUCGCACACGUGGCAUCUUGUCAAGCUAUUCAAUGAGGAAAAUGGCACGCCCAUUGUUGUAGCAUCCGUGCAAGACGAUGAUGAAGUCGAAGAUUCCGUGGAUGAGAAAGAUGGAAUUUUCCAGGAUGACAUUGCUAUCAAAGUCAAGCAGCAACGUGAAUCCGAUCUGGGAGGCUCUGUGGAAGCAGCUUCAUCUGUAAAUGAACCGGCAGAUGUUGGUACCCCAUCGGCACGAACCCCUCUAACGGUUGUCAAACACUCCGAAGCCGCAAAUAAUGGUAUAAAUGAGCCUGCUGUGAAAACGAGCCAGAUUUCAGAAGCUGCUUUGGUGGACGUCAAAUCUCAAGAUCGUUCAAUGCUGAAAGAACAUUCAAAAACACCUGAAGAUUGUUCUACGACGUCAGGUGUCCAAAGCAAUGAAGUCAAGCAUCUUUUAGCUCCUGGUGAAGUGUUUUUUUAUGAAAAUUGUCCCUGCGUGGCUAUGGAGCCCGGCGAAAAUGUCGAGUUGAUCAUUCUUUCUGCACUGAACACUCACACCAUCAUGGUGGUGCCUAAGAAAGAGAUGCACCGCUUAGAAGAGAUCGAAGAGUUGUCGACGAGCAUGAACGAGUACUGCAACUCGCUGCGAGCUGUAUACUACGAGCCUUUAGACGGCGAAGUGAUACUCGCUAAAUUCUCGCAAGACGGGCUAUGGUACCGCGCGGCGUGCCUAACAAGCGUGCCUCAGGAGGGGGCGGCAAUCGUGCAAUUCACGGACUACGGCAACAUAGAGACUGUGCUCUUCGAGGCCAUCGUACGAAUGGAGGAGAGAUUCGUGACGCCUAUUCCGUUCCUUGCCGUGCAGUGUGCUCUUGAAGGUACCGGCGACCAACCAAGCAGCGACGUAACCGCCGCUCGCCUCGCCGAGCUGCUGCCGGCGUUCAGUCCCGUGACGGCGGCGCGCGUGCUGCCUCAGGACCCUGAUUCGCUCGUGUACGUCAUCAGCAUCCCUGCCGUCCUUGAGGCCUUGAAAUCUGAGGGCCUCUUGGCCACACCGUAAAUGUCAAUUGCUUUCAUAAGAAAAGGAUUUCUUUAGCAACCAUGUCUUAGCUUGCUGUUUCAUUUUGCUGUAGAUUUGAAACGGUAUUUCAAUCAUUAUUUCAUCAUUUGCAUAAGUUAUAUGCACUUCUGCGUUAGCGAUGAAAAAAUUUAAUUUACUUGGAAAACACAUUUUUAUUUUUACACGUUGAGUGCUGCAAGACCUACCAGCGCUGUCAGAUGACCUAAAGAAGGCCUAAAAUUCAAAUAAUACUAGUAAAUUUGUAGGUUCCGGUGCAAAAACUGAA